AUGUCUACUCAACCAUCUCCAAUCCUCCGAACAAUUCUUACCGCGCUAAGGCGCCUAUAUCCUGAGCAUCUUGCGGACAAAGCCUGGGACAAUACCGGACUACUGCUCUCUCCGCCACCACUCACGCUAUCCUCUUCAACUCUCAGGGCCCCGAGAAUUUUGCUUACUGUCGAUCUGACCACAGCGGUAGCUACCGAAGCCAUCAGUCUUAAUGCGGCGAUGGUGGUCACAUACCAUCCCAUAAUCUUUCGCCCUUUAAAGUCUUUGACUACCGAUAACACUCAACAAACAACUCUACUACGAUUAGUACAAGCCGGGAUUAGUGUGUACAGUCCGCAUACUGCUGUUGAUGCGGUUAGAGGAGGGGUAAAUGAUUGGCUGGCCAGUGGGAUCUCGGGGGGUGAAGAGUACGAAGCUUCGAGAACGGCAAUACAACCUUGUGCCUCUGCUCAAGGAACAGAACACGAAGGUGCUGGGUACGGUCGAUUAGUGACACUAAAGGAGCCUACGGAUAUCAGAAGCAUCGUUGAACGGGUCAAGAGUUUCCUGGGGAUGAGUUAUCUACAGGUUGCUCUGGCUAAGCGUCAUACGGCUACACCGACGGAACGGGAUAUAAGAACAAUUGGGAUAUGUGCUGGAUCUGGGGGAAGCGUUUUCCGAGAUGUUAAAGCCGACUUGCUUUUCACCGGUGAGAUGAGCCACCAUGAAGCACUUGCUGCUAAGGAAAGUGGAACUAGUAUCGUUGCUUGUUUCCAUUCGAAUACCGAGAGGGGCUAUCUUCCAUUUAUGAGACAGAAGCUUCUAGAAACAUUGCCUAGAGCUUGGGAAGAAACAGUGGAGGAGGAAGGUAGUGACGAAAUGCUGGAUGUCGAAGGGUGGGAAGUUCACAUAAGUGGAGUUGACCGUGAUCCCUAUGAUAUCGUCUAG